GACUAUUGCUGUGUUCGCUACGUAGCAUUCAAUUAACUGAUGGGGAAAGAUGCGCUACCGAGGAAAGAAGUCAAGUAUGUAAAGGGGUCGCAAUUCAUUCCACGCGUUUUACGUCCCUCUUUGGUUUCCAUACGAAAAAGACAGGGGGAGGGACCAUCAUGGCUUCCAAGGCCGUGAAGCUGACAGCCGUCCCGGCUGCUCUUGGACUGGCUUCAUUUCGUGUUUACGCCAUGAGUGAAGGGAAUCAUGAAGAGCUCGUGUCUCCACGAGAGCUGUCGAUCUACUCGCCCGACCCUCCUGCAAUGCGCUAUGUGGAGGAGCGGCCAGGACCACUACAAACAGGGCUGGGUAUCGUGAGAGUGGGACUACAGCCCUAUGUCCGAGCAGUGAAGAAUGCCUGCAUUUCAGUAAAAGUUGGUGCGGUAGCUGUUUACCAAUCAGGACAAGAUACAUACAAUUUCCUAAGAGAUCCUCCCCCAGGCUUCCUGCCGAGGGUGGGCGUCAUAACAGUGUCUGGGUUGGCUGGACUGGUACUGGCACGGAAGGGGUCGCGUCUGAAGAGGCUGGGUGUGCCUCUUGGUCUUACGACAGUGGGAACCGCAGUGUGCUAUCCCACUCAAACAGUUGGGCUCUUAAAGGUGACCGGUAAGAAGAUAUAUGCUGCUAGCUCAUCAGUGGCCUCAGUUUUUAAAUCCAAACCUAAAGAAACCAUUAUCACCCCUGCUACCAGCCUUGAGCCAGCAGCACCUGUGACAAGUCCAGAACCGGAGGUCCCGGAAUCCAAAGCUUUGCCUGAGCCCACGACCUCUGAACCAGUCCCAGCCGUUGAUGCCCCUCCUGUUCCAUCUGAAGAAGUCCCUCAGCCCCCUACAGAUGUGACUGAGGUACCCUCUUCAGAUACCCCGGCAGCCCCGGAAUCUGCCUUAGAACCCGCCCCUGAGACUGCAGAUCCUAUUGUUCCGGAAGCUGUCCCCACCCAAGAGGCAUCAGCUCUGGAACUGCCUGCUGAAAUUGCUGAGGUUGCACCUGCACCUGAACCCACAACAGAGACCCCACCAGCUGAACCUACCCCAGAGGCACCUGCCGCUGAACCUACCCCAGAGGCCGCACCUGCCGCUGAACCUACCCCAGAGGCCGCUGCUGAACCUACCCCAGAGGCACCUGCCGCUGAACCUACCCCAGAGGCACCUGCUGCUGAACCUACCCCAGAGGCACCUGCUGCUGAACCUACCCCAGAGGCCGCACCUGCCGCUGAACCUAUCCCAGAGGCCGCUGCUGAACCUACCCCAGAGGCACCUGCUGCUGAACCUACCCCAGAGGCACCUGCCCCUGAACCUACCCCAGAGGCACCUGCUGCUGAACCUACCCCAGAGGCCGCACCUGCCGCUGAACCUAUCCCAGAGGCCGCAGCUGCAGCUGAACCUACCACAGAGGCUGCAGCUGAACCUACCCCAGAGGACGCAGCUGCACCUGAACCUACCCCAGAGGCCGCAGCUGAACCUACCCCAGAGGCCGCACCUGCUGCUGAACCUACCCCAGAGGCACCUGCUGUUGAACCUACCCCAGAGGCACCUGCCGCUGAACCUACCCCAGAGGCACCUGCAGCUGAACCUACCCCAGAGGCCGCACCUGCCGCUGAACCAACCCCAGAGGCCGCACCUGCCCUUGAACCUACCCCAGAGGCACCUGCCCCUGAACCUACCCCAGAGGCUGCACCUGCCCCUGAACCUACCCCAGAGGCAGCCCCUGAACCAACCCCAGAGGCCGCAUCUACUACCGAAACUACUCCAGAAUCUAAACCUGCUGAAGCCACUGAAAUGAUUGCUGCUGAGGCCCCAGAGGUGGCACCUGCAGAACAACUUGCACUCACUCCAGGUACUGAAGAGGCCACACCCCCUGCACUAGAGCCAACCCCAGCUGUUGAAGAGGCCACACCCCCUGCCCCUGAGACAGCUGUGGCUGCUGUUGACGACGCCACUCCCUCUGGCAGUGAGCCAAGCUUCGUUAUAGUGGAAACACCUGCCUCUGAGACGGCCCCCUCCUCUGCAGAAGAAGGCACGCUCUUGUCUGUGGAGGAGACCACCCCCGUAGCCAUGGAUCAGCCCCCUAUUGUGAUUGAAGAGCCUGUUCCAGUGAAGGCCAUUACAGACCCAUCACACUUUGUCCCCAAUCCUCUGCUUCUGGACCACGGCCAGUCCCACCCUGAGGACGCCGACUUGUACAGCACUCGCGGCUAAACCAAAAUGGUGGUGACAGGGGGCACUGAAUGGGAGGUGUGGGUGAUUAACCUCCCUUGAACUCAAGUAAUGAAAUCCAAUGCCUUGGUCACACGGUAGUCUCACGGGUGAUCUACACAGAAAUGUGAUGUUUAGGGGUGUCAUGUCUUGUGAAGGUGUUUCUCAGUAAUUCCUUCGGAAGCCACAGGCUUUGAUCCUUUUACCUCGGUUACAUAGAUCAGUUUACCAAAAGUGUGUGUGUGGUAUACAUAUGUGAUGUGUACACUUACAUGGCAGUCUCAGGCGGUCACACAUCCCUACACACACUGAACACAGUGGAAAAAAAACCUGCAGUUCUGGGAGAACACUGCUGUUAUUACUAAGUCACAUACAGUCAUAAGAGUUUAAGCCAAGGGACACUUCCUGCCAUGAAGGGAAGAUGGCAUCCCCACCAUUUUAUACUGUGAUCAUGUACAGUGCUCAUUUUUACAGGACAAUACGUCGAGUCGUCUUUUAUAAAUCAAAUAAAAACUUUGCUGAGGUUUAGAAUGUUUGUUUAGCCACACAUUAGUUUCUCUGUCAGCUUGGAUAGAAUAUCUAGACAAUCUAUGCAAAAACAUCUGUUUGAAAUCUUGGGGAUCAAAGUCAUAUUCAAACUAUUAACUGUUGAAUGUAACUUAAGGUGUAUUUGGUUAUUUAGCUUCAGAUUAGUAUAAGUGAGCUUUGACUUGGCUGUGUCUUCUU